AUGAAGACCCACAUGGUGCUAGGCGUUGCGCUAUACGCAUGUUCGACGGCGGCAGUCACUACUGAGAUCAGGGUCAUGUCCCUGACGUCGACGGUUGAUUGCUCCGGCGCUGUCAUACCUACAGGCCUGCCAACAGUACCUAUGGGCGUUCCUGGGGCCAAUCCCACUGGUGGCAUGGUGCCGGGUGCGACUGUACCUGGCGGAGCUGGCAACCCCCCUGCGUCCACUGGAACCGUCGGUGGCGGUGGAAGUGGUGGCAGUGGAGGUAGCGGCGGUAGUGGGGGAGGUAGCGGAGGUGGAAGCGGUGGUAAUGGAGGAGACGGUGGUGGCAAUGGAGGAGGUAGCGGAGGUGGCACCGGGGGUGGUGCUACCGGCGGCGGUGCCUCUGGUGGCUCUGGCGGCGGUAACGGCGGCUCAGGGCAGACCGCGACGACUAGAAGUCCGGCUUCAGGCACAGGAGUCGUGGUCGUUCCGACAGCCGGCUCGCAAGCCCUACAACCUGGCAGUUGGCUGUCGGUGGCCAUCGGUAUCCUGGCUGUGCUGUACUAG